AUGAGCAUGACAGAUCCACCCGAAAGUGUGGAUGAGGGAACCGAUGACGAUCAAUGGAUUGAGCAAGUGGAACACGAAGAGACCAUAGAGCCAGAAGCUGUUAACGAAGAGGAAGUCGAAGAAUACAUUGAGGUUGACGGCAUUAUUGAUGAUCACGAUAUGCAGCAAACCGUACUGCUCCGAGGGGACACCAUUCCUCGAACUAUCCGUAAUGGUCAGUUUCCGUUAUCACUUUUUGCACUCUAA